AUGCAAAGAUGUCUGAGUAACAUCUGGGGUGUGAUGAUUGGAUGGCAAGUAUGCUCUCUCAUUUUAACUGGUGCUGGAGCUGCUUUGUCUUUUAAUUAUUAUUACUCAGGAGAUGUUUGCAGUUUACUUUCACUACUUAUGUGCUAUGCACUAGUUUUCAUCAUGAACAUAUGGUUUUUAAAACCUGCACAAACAAAAUGGUGGAUUUAUAUCCUUGUUGGACUUUGUGGAUUUUUAGAUGAUUGGACAGCAGUUUUAGCAUAUAGAUACACAUCUUUUGCAAGUGCAAUGCUUUUGGUUACAACAGUUGUAUUCUGGGUAGCCCCAAUGGCAUAUUUCAUUUUUGGAAGGAAGAUUAAUUGGAUUCAAUUCAUUGCUAUGGGCAUAGCUAUAGCAGGAUGCUCAAUGAUUAUGGUUGCACAAGGAAGAGAAGGAGAUAACUGGAAAGGAAACCUUUUAUCUUUAUUAAGUGCAAUUUUAUAUGCGGUUUCAUCAGUAUUACAAGAAAAGAUUGUUCAUGAAACAAGUAAGAGUGCAUAUCUACUCAGAUAUUCCAUAGGAACAACAUUUUUCUGCGCAAUCAUGACAGGAGCUCUUGAAUGGAGGCAAAUCAAGUAUUAUAAUUGGAAUGUUAGAUCAGGAUUACUUACUUUUGCCUACUCAUUCCUUCUUGCAUGCUAUUAUAUCUCAGUUCCAGUCGUUCUUGAAUAUUCAAACUCAACUAUCAUGAAUUUGUCAAUGCUGACAUCAAACUUCUACUCACUCAUCAUUGACAUAGUUUUCAUGAAUGGUAUUAGAAGUUGGCUGUAUUUGCUUGGCUUUGCUUUAGUUCCAAUUGCCAUUGUUCUGUUCGUUUACUUUGAAGACAAACCAAAAGUACAAAGUCAAGAUGAUGCAGCUGCAAAUAAUGAAGCUCAUGAAAAAGAAGCACAAGAAUUGGAUAAUAAUAAUACUAAUCCAAAUGAACAAGGAGCUGAUGCGCCACAGGCCGAGCUUUAA